UAUUUAAAGUCGCCAGUUCGCUUCUUUUGGGGAGCCAGAGGCCUGGGCGCAAGGGAGAGGACGUUUUAACCAAACUCAGUUCACAGAGAAAGUAAUUACAUUAGUGUUUUAGUGAGGCGCGUUCAUUUUCGAACGAAGGCAGAGCUGAGGUGCAUAAAGGCAGAUCAACACCCUGUUGGUAAAACUGAUUCUGCAUCAGGAGCAGCGGUGCGUAAAAGUUCGCGCUCUCGUCGGGUCAUGUGGCGCUGCUGCCUUUUGGUGCUUGUGGGCGCGGCGGUCGUGGUCGCUCAGUUCCCCAGAGAGUGCGUGACACCCGAGGGGCUCCGCAGUGGCCAGUGCUGCCCGUCACCCUCUGGACUCGACAACGACCCGUGUGGCUCCGCCGCGGGCCGCGGGCAGUGCGUGUCCGUCACGGCUGACGCGCGGCCGCACGGGCCUCAGUACCCGCACGACGGACGGGACGAUCGGGAACGAUGGCCCAUCCGUUUCUUCAACCGAACCUGCCAGUGCAACGGCAACUUCAGCGGUUUUAACUGCGGCCGCUGCAGACACGGAUGGACGGGGGUCAACUGUGAGCAGCGGGUGUCUGUGGUAAGAAGAAACGUGAUGCAGCUCAGCGCGGAUGAGAAGCGUGCGUUCGUGAGCGCGCUGGACCAGGCCAAGCGCACGGUUCACCCUGAUCUGGUGAUCGCCACGCGGCGCUACCCGGAGAUCUUCGGGCCCGACGGGAGCACCGUGCAGUUUGAGAACAUCACCAUCUAUAAUUACUUCGUGUGGACCCACUACUACUCGGUCAGCAAGACGUUCCUGGGUGCGGGGCAGGCCAGCUUCGGCGGAGUGGACUUCUCGCACGAGGGUCCCGGUUUCGUCACCUGGCACAGGUUCCACCUGCUGCAGCUGGAGAGAGACAUGCAGGACAUGCUGCAAGAACCCUCCUUCGCCCUGCCCUACUGGAACUUUGCCAUCGGUGGAAGCACAUGUGACAUCUGCACAGAUGACCUGAUGGGAGCCAGGAGCAGUUUUGACAUGAACUCCCUGAGCGCCAACUCCAUCUUCUCCCAGUGGAGAGUCAUCUGCGAGAACGUAGAAGACUAUGACACACUAGGAACCAUCUGCAACAACACUGAGACAUCUCCCAUCAGAAGGAACCCAGCAGGAAAUGUCAACAGGCCGAUGGUCCAGCGUCUCCCAGAGCCCCAGGAUGUGGCAGACUGUCUGCAGGUUAACGCUUUUGACACGCCACCAUACUACUCCACCUCCUCCGAAAGCUUCAGAAACACAAUUGAGGGCUACAGCGCCCCCCAGGGGAACUAUGACCCUGUGGUGAGGAGCCUCCACAACUUGGCCCAUUUGUUCCUAAAUGGGACAGGGGGACAGACCCACCUUUCGCCCAAUGACCCCAUCUUCGUGCUGCUCCACACCUACACUGAUGCCAUCUUUGAUGAAUGGUUGAGGAGACACAGUCCAGGUUCAGCAAUGUAUCCUGAAGAAAACGCCCCCAUUGGUCACAACCGGGGCUACAACAUGGUGCCUUUCUGGCCUCCAGUGACAAACGCUGAGAUGUUUGUAUCUGCCCCUGAAAAUCUUGGUUACUCUUAUGAAGCCGAAUGGCCAGGUCAAGCUUUCACUGUGACUGAAAUCAUCACCAUGGCAAUAGUUGCCGCCCUUGUCGUCGUUGCGGUCAUCUUUGCUGCCACCACAUGUGCCGUGCGUGCCAGAUCUUACAAGAUGGAGGGUCACCAGCCUCUGCUCGGGGGUCAGUACCAGCGGUACGACGCUGACAAAAGCCAAUCUGUAGUCUAAGAUCUGUUUGAACACAAGCUUCACCCACGUGCCUCCUCUUUUUGCUUUUUGUUAAGCCUGAAUCUAGUAGAUUCUUCAAAAUCCUGUUCAUGUUGCAUUCAUGUUCCUAUAUCAAAAACUAGAUCAUUAAUCUUAUUUUGCUGUUACACUUCCCAUAUACAUGUAAAUCACUCAUUUAGCAUUUAAAGGUAAAGAUACAUGCAGUUUCAUAUAAGGGUAUGGCCUUGCAAAAAUAGAGACGGUCGUGUCUUUGCAAGUUUGAGAUUCCUGGUACAUUUGAAAAUGGAGAAUAUGUCCGAAUAAAGUGAGAAUGAACAAUUGAACUGUCGGUGCGAUAGAAAUGCCACCAGAUGGCGCUCAACUCAGUUCCUUGUCAGGCUUUUAAAAUGUCAUGUAUAAGUGUAGUUUCAAUUUAAAGGCAAUGAAGUGUAAAGAACGCAGUUCUGAUAAGUGAUUCCAAAAUGUGCUGUAACUUAUUAACUUUUUGAACAUUUUUUACGCAAUAAAGUUUGAUAUUAGCAUUAUACAUUCCAAAAAUAAUUAAAUCACAAUUUCUACCAUG